AAUCUGUCGGGUUGUCAACGCUUUCGCAAUGUAGCCAUGGAUUGGACGGCAAGAAAACGUGGGGUUGCAGUCAGAUGACAUAGUUAACGGUUAUGACAAAAAAUAAAUCUCACCAGAAUUGAGGGUUGAGACAAGCGCUUCCACCUGAUGACGUAGAAGCAAGGGAGGGAUGUAAACAUGGCGUCUGGACAGCAAUGGGUGUUGGUGGAAAUGGUACAAGCGUUGUAUGAGGCCCCGUCUUAUCACCUCAUUUUGGAAGGUAUCCUCAUACUAUGGAUCGUCAGGCUUCUUUUCUCUAAAACCUACAGGCUCCAUGAGACAAAUAAACUAACUGAAAAGGAAAAGGAAGAUCUAAUUGAAGAAUGGCAGCCUGAACCACUUUCUCCCGCUGUUCCCAAAGAUUCGCCAUACAUUACCUACGAUGUUGUCACAGGACCUCCAAGCCACAAAAUCACCAUCAAUGGAAAAGAAUGCAUUAACUUUGCAUCAUUCAACUUCCUGGGCCUCCUUGACAAUGAACGAGUCAAGCAAAAGGCUCUGUCAUCAUUGAAGAAAUAUGGUGUCGGAACAUGUGGUCCCAGGGGUUUUUAUGGAACUUUUGAUGUUCACCUGGAGUUGGAGAGUCGACUAGCCAAAUUCAUGAAAACGGAAGAAGCCAUCAUCUACUCAUAUGGCUUUGCUACUAUUGCGAGUGCAAUCCCGGCAUACGCGAAAAGGGGCGAUAUUAUCUUUGUGGAUGAGGCAGCCUGCUUUUCCAUCCAAAAAGGCCUGCAAGCAUCCCGCAGCUUGAUUAAGUACUUCAAGCACAAUGACAUGGAGGAUUUGGAGAGGCUUCUACAGGAGCAAGAGUUGGAGGACCAGCAGAACCCUCGCAAGGCUCGAGUGACUCGCAGGUUUAUUGUUGUGGAGGGACUGUACAUUAACACUGCUGACAUCUGUCCUCUUCCUGAACUGGUGAAACUGAAAUAUAAGUACAAGGUGCGGAUUUUCCUGGAGGAGAGCAUGUCUUUUGGUGUGUUGGGAGAGCAUGGCCGAGGAGUCACGGAGCACUUUGGAGUCAAUAUAGAGGACAUUGACCUAAUCAGUGCUAACAUGGAGAAUUCCGUUGCCUCUAUUGGAGGCUUUUGCUGCGGGCGCUCUUUUGUCAUAGACCACCAGCGCUUGUCAGGCCAAGGCUACUGUUUUUCUGCAUCCUUGCCUCCCAUGCUGGCUGCAGCAGCCAUUGAGGCCCUCAGUAUCAUGCAGGAAAAUCCAGAAAUAUUCACCAUUCUGAGGGAAAAAUGCACAUAUGUUUACAAAGCAUUACAAGAAAUUCCAGGGCUAAAAUUAGUGGGAAUGCAGUUUGCCCCAGCGCUUCACCUGCAGUUAGAGAGAAGUUCAGGCUCCAGAGAGUCUGACAUGCAGCUUCUGCGCUCAAUAGUAGAUUAUUGUAUGGAAAGGCAAGUGGCUCUGACCCUUGCCCGAUACCUAGAAAAAGAAGAGCGAUAUCCCCCUCCACCAAGCAUCCGGGUGGUGGUGACCAUUGAACAGACAGAGGAGGAAAUACUAAAGGCCAAGUCCUGUAUCCAGGAAGCUGCUUUAGCACUACUGAAAUGAAUGCCAUUUUUUUCACUAAUAAUGUCCCUUGGCCUUUUACCACGCUUCCACCGCUCAUACUGAUGGACAUUUUUGUAUCAAAUCACCCCCGCCCUCCUUUCAAUAAUGUCUUAGGAAUCCUUAUCGGGAAUUUUGACUGACAGCUGUGACUACUGUAAUUUUCGCUCUAUAAGGCGCAUCUGACUAUAAGCCGCCACCCACCAAAUUUUGCACGAAAACUGCAUUUGUUCAUAGAUAAGCCGCACUGGACUAUAAGCCGCAGCUGUCCUCACUGUAUUUAUGGGAUAUUUACAUCAAAGAUAUUAACAGGUAAAACUUUGUUUGACAGCAUCAUAAGACCAAAUCAACCACCAUUAACCAAUUGUUUGCAAAGAUUCAUUGCUUCAAGACGCUUCAUUAUGCCAUCACUGCUCCCUUGGGCGAGAGGGUCAUGCUCUGCUGCCACCUGCUGUCGACACUUUUGUUGUCCAACAUGCCUCCUAGCAUGCAUUGCAGCACCACAGGUGUAAAUAACAAUCAAAAUUAACGUUCUGUGCAAAUUAUUUCUUCAGUUACUGUUCCAUUUGUUUCAUUAAUUGCUAGUCAUGGUAUUUGGUAACCCUUUAUUUGACAUUGGCGACAUAAGACAUAAUUAUAACAUAAUUAUAACAUGAAACUGUCAUGAGCAUUCAUGAAUGCUUAUAACAGAUGUAAUUUAGUGAUAUCCGGCAAAUGAUCUCACUUUUGAAUGGAUGUAAAAGAUCCAAACUGGACAUAAAUGGUGUUAGUGAUAUAAUUUGUCGGAUUAUCCUUAAUAACAUUUGUCAUAACCAUUCAGUAAUGCCUAUGAUAUCGUCAUGUCAUAAUUAUGACUUUCUUAUGACAGUUUUAUGAUGCCACUGUUAAAUAAAGUGUUAGCUAUGAACCCAAAUAAAUCAACAAAUAAGCUGCACUGGACUAUAAGCCGCAGGAUUUAAAAUACAGAAAAAAGUUGCGGUUUAUAGUCCGAAAAUUACAGUAAUAAGCCAACAUCUGAGAUGUGUUGAUUUAUUCCUGCCUUCAUGUGGUGUCGUAAUUGGAGGUCGACCGACAUAGGAUUCUAAAAGGCUGAUUUACAUUACUGUAAUUUUCGGACUAUAAAAAGGUCGCCAACUAAAAGUUGCUUUGAUCAAAAAAAAAAUUUUUCAUCAAAGAAAAAUCAUUUGGAUUUUUUUUUUGUUGUUGUUGUUGAACUUUUUAUGCAAAGCAAAUGACCGUCUAAGUUGCUAGUCACAUGAUCUGUUCGAAAAAUAAUUUUGACCCAUUAUAAUUUUUUUUUUUCACUUUUAUUGCUUUACAACUAUAUAUACAGCAUAUAUAUAUAUACACAUAUAUAUAUACAUAUACAUAUAUAUUAGGGGUGUCAAACGAUUAAAAUUUUUAAUUGAGUUAAUUACAGCUUAAAAAUUAAUUAUUCGUAAUCAAUCGCAAUUCAAACCAUCUAUAAAAUAUGCCAUAUUUUUCUGUAAAUUAUUGUUGGAAUGGAAAGAUAAGACAAAAGAAGGAUAUAUACAUUCAACAUACGGUAUAUAAGUACUGUAUUUGUUUAUGAUAACUAUAAAUCAACAAGAUGGCAUUACCAUUAUUAACAUUCUGUUAAAGCGAUCCAUGGAUAGAAAGAGUAGUAGUUCUUAGUAGUAGUAGUUCUUAAAAGAUAAGUGGUAGUACAAGUUAUAGAAAUUUUAUAAUAAAACCCCUCAAUGUUUUCGUUUUAAUAAAAUUUUUUAAAUUUUCAAUCAAAAAAUAAACUAGUAGCCCGCCAUUGUUGAUGUCAAUAAUUACUUACACAAUGCUCAUGGGUGCUGAAGCCUUUAAAAUCAGUCGCACCCAAGCGCCAGCAGAGGGCGGCAAAACUCCGAAAAUACAACAAGUAUACAUUUCACUGUGCUUUCAUUUGAAUCGGUUUGAGCGGGGCAUUUGUGCGUAAAUUGCGUCAAAUAUUUUAACUUGAUUAAUUAAAAAAAUUAAUUACCACCCGUUAACGCGAUAAUUUUGACAGCCCUAAUACAUAUAUAUAUAUAUAUAUAUAUAUAUAUAUAUAUAUAUAUAUAUAUAUAUAUAUAUAUAUAUGAAAGUCAAUUACAUGCGAUUACACUUUUCGGCCACCAGGGGGGGCCUGGCCGAAUCCACUUAUGGCGAGAAGCAAAAGUUAGCGGUCGAAUGUGGCGGCAGUCAACUGUUAUUUUGUUUAUUGUUUUCAUAUUGUUGCCACAAUAAAGUGGAGAAAGCUAUCAACAAUUCCUCUCUUUCUUUCCGCCACAUUUGGGGCUAUUACGAAACCAUUUUUAAAAAACGUUUUUAUAUUAUUAUUAUUACUAUACACGACAGGUGCCGGAUCUGCCCAAAUAAGUCCCGGAACACAGGGAGGCCAAAAUCAAGAGGUGCCGGAUCUUGUUCCGGCAGGAUCUGGCACAAAUUAACCCUCCUCAAAUUAAUUUGUGUCAUUCUGCUAGUUGUCAGUCACCAUAUCACAAAUGUUAUGAAAAUAUGUUAUGAAGGUUGAAAAGUUACCUAGUGUUGCUUUCAAUUAAGUCCUCCUGUACGAACGCAUUCUUGAAAUCUGUUUGUUUGAUUCCUCAUCUGAGCUGGAAUACUGUGCAUUUCAUCCUGAUGUCACCAUGGUUACUAAAAUGGCACAUUGUUUACUUGCUCAAGGUCAUUGUUUCGCAGUGCUGCCACUUGCUCAUGUCUUUUUUUUUUUUUUUUUAAGUGGUCAACUUCAUGUUUCCAGAACACAUUCAAGCAGGACACCAUUUAAAGCACAUAAUUUUAAAAUGAAAAUUCCAUAAUUAUUUUCUAAAUGGCAUGUUUUAAAGUUCCAAUUACAGUAUUAUAAAUAAAAUAUUUUCUGCCAUCACUCUUGGUUUUAUUGGAUAGUUAAAAACGUGUUUUUAGGUCCUCUGUUGUUGUAGUUGUAGUAGCUUUAUGCAUCCACUAGAUAGAGCUAGGGUAAAGGGAAUGUCAUGUCAUUAUUAACCAAUAUUGAUCCAUUUAUAAGGUGCAUCUGAUUGUAAGGCGCACUGUCGGCUUUUGAGAAAAUGGAAGACUUUAAGGUGCGCCUUACAGUGCGGAAAAUAUGGUAAUUGAAACCUAAAAACAUGCCAUUUAAAAAAGUGAUGACAUUUUCAUUUAAAAAUUACAU